UGAUGGCGCCCGCCAAAGUUGAAUUUGUUUUGAAAGUCGGCCAGCUGGUGUUUGAUCUUGAGGACUUGUCCUUUUUGACCCGAUUAUUCCUCGAGUGGACAUCGUAGUGGAAGAACUUCUAUCGCAAAGCCUUCAGUAAUGCGUCUUGUAAACAAGAAAGGCAAAUUAUCGUGAUUUAUCGUCCCGGCCAUGCGGUUAUUCACAAGAAACUUCCGCCCGUUGACCCGUCGAGUAUUUGGGGUGAUAGGUGUCAUCAUCAAGUACGGUUGCAUCGCGCACUGCACAUUUGAAUAUGUUGCCGACAUUGUGGUCUGCUCCGGCUCGUCAAUGGAACCAACCUUGUUCACAAAUAAUGUUUUACUGACUGAACACAUAAGUCCUCGACUCCAGAAAAUCAAAAGAGGAGACAUCAUCGUUGCCAAAUCACCCACAGAUCCAAGACAAUUUGUAUGCAAGAGAGUCACAGGCAUUGCCGGAGAUAGAGUGAAGAAUGGAUUUUAUUCAGAAAUUCAGAUUCCUCCUGGUCAUGUCUGGCUUGAAGGUGACAACAGAGGAAACUCGACAGACUCCAGAAGUUAUGGUCCUGUGCCAGCUGGUCUAAUUCGCAGCAGGGCUAUUUUGAGAGUUUGGCCCCCUCAGGAUGCAUGUUUGCUCACAAAGCCAGAAGAAGAGUAGUUGUACAAAAGCAGCAGAGAGGAUGAAAUAAAUCAUAAUUCUAUUUUAA